GUUUAAUAUAGUGGCUGGCUGGCUUUUUCCUCUGAUCCUCAGAUAAGCUUUAUUAGGGUGCACAGUGUAUUAGUGGACACACUACAGCAGGUGUUUCAAAUUCAACACUGCCUCCUACUGUCUGCAAAGCAGCUGCCUAGGGUGAGCCUGGAUUAGGCCCUUCUUCAGAGAUAUAGAAGAAUGAUAUGCCAUAUCCCACAAAACUAAUUUACUCUGAUUUCAGCUACUAUUAUUUUGUUACUUGAAUUGUCUUUUCAAACUGAAAUCUGGUGAAGAAGGGAGGAAAAAUAAGUUGAAUGUUUUCUUAGAUCAUCAUCAUCAUCAUCAUCAAUAUUGUGAGAAAAUCUCAUGUAUCCCAGGGUGGCCUUGAACUUGCUACACAGCUGAGCUCCUGAUUUUCUUAUAUCUACCUUCUUAGUUCUAGAACUAUAAAUGUUUUUGCUACCAUGCUCUGAUUCUUUGAUCAGCUGUCCAUAUGAGCCUGAUAGAUUUGAAUGGGUAUUUUUGUUUAUUUGUUUUAGUUUGAAUUUUUUGUUUUCUGUUUGUUUUGUUUCAUAUCUGUGUGUGUGUUGUGUGUGUGUGUGUGGGGGUGUUAUAGGUAUGCAAAUGUAUGUGCAGUGGCCAGAGGGUGACCUCCAGAUAUCUUCUUUUAUUACUUUCUACUUAUCUCUUCAGUGAGGGUCUCUCACUAAACUACCGAACCUGGAGAUUUCUGUUUGGCUAUCCUGGCUAGCCAAUUGAGACUUAGGAUCCUCCUGUCUCCAUUUUCCCAGAGCUGGAAAUGCAGAUGUGGGCCACGUUCCCUGGCUUCUCACAUGGGCACUGGAGAUCCACAUUUGUGUCCUCAUGCUUGUGUGGCAAUACAUAAGUUCACAUGACAAUCAGCUGCAGCUUAGAACUUAAGUCUAGGGGCUGAGGUAAUUGUUUAAGUGGGCAAAGAUUUAAGCUCUCUAAAUUGCAACUGAUUGCCAUGUAAGCUUAUAUAUUCCUGUUCCUAUUCUCUCUAAAAAUCUCACGUACACCCAUCCCCUUGCAAUUUGGCCCAGUUCCUCAGGACAAAGGACUCCUAUCCUCGCCCAAUUCCCUGUCACUCCAUCUCCCUCUGUCUGAGAACUAAAUUAAUGAAGAGUAUUUGGUUAGUCAUGUUGGGCGAGCUGUUCCCAAAAUAGCUCCUUCCAUUUUGGUAGCUCCGACCCUGCAGCUGCCACGUCCCUUCCUUGUCUGGGAAGAAAACUUUCGCAUUAAGAGUUGCUGAUGCGGAUUUUCUUUCCUUUCCCCUCUCCGCCGCCUGUGGAUGAGCACUUGGCUCCUGACAGAAGUGAUUUGGCUCUCGGCUUUGUAGUUGAGAAGAAGUUGGGUCUAUAGAUUUUCCCCCCUCUAACUCUCUAUUGAUGUGUUCAGCCUUGGAGGGAAUAAAGCCUCCAUUUAAAGCAUGUUGGCGUCGCAAGGAGUCCUUCUGCAUUCUUAUGGAGUGCCCAUGAUUGUGCCUGCUGCCCCCUACUUCCCAGGACUGAUGCAGGGUAAUCAGGAAGCAGCGGCCGCCCCUGACACAAUGGCUCAGCCUUAUGCCUCAGCCCAGUUCGCUCCACCUCAAAAUGGCAUCCCUGCAGAAUACACGGCCCCUCAUCCCCAUCCUGCACCAGAGUAUACUGGCCAGACCACCGUCCCCGACCACACAUUAAACCUGUAUCCUCCUACACAGACGCACUCCGAGCAGAGCGCUGAUACAAGUGCGCAGACCGUCUCUGGCACCGCCACACAGACAGAUGAUGCAGCGCCGACUGAUGGCCAGCCCCAGACACAACCUUCUGAAAACACAGAAAACAAGUCCCAGCCUAAGCGACUGCAUGUGUCCAACAUCCCCUUCCGGUUCCGGGAUCCAGACCUCCGACAAAUGUUUGGUCAAUUUGGUAAAAUAUUAGAUGUUGAAAUUAUUUUUAAUGAGCGAGGCUCGAAGGGAUUUGGUUUCGUAACUUUCGAAAAUAGUGCGGAUGCGGACAGGGCGAGGGAGAAAUUGCACGGUACCGUGGUAGAGGGCCGUAAAAUCGAGGUUAAUAACGCAACAGCACGUGUAAUGACUAAUAAAAAGACUGUCAACCCUUACACCAACGGCUGGAAAUUAAAUCCAGUUGUGGGCGCCGUCUACAGCCCCGACUUCUAUGCAGGCACGGUGCUGUUGUGCCAGGCCAACCAGGAGGGAUCUUCCAUGUACAGUGGCCCCAGUUCACUUGUAUAUACUUCCGCAAUGCCUGGCUUCCCAUAUCCAGCCGCCACUGCUGCAGCUGCUUACCGAGGGGCCCACCUGCGAGGCCGUGGCCGCACCGUGUACAACACCUUCAGGGCUGCAGCGCCCCCACCCCCAAUCCCGGCCUAUGGCGGAGUAGUGUAUCAAGAGCCAGUGUAUGGCAAUAAAUUGCUACAGGGUGGUUAUGCUGCAUACCGCUACGCCCAGCCCACCCCUGCCACUGCCGCUGCCUACAGUGACAGUUACGGACGAGUUUAUGCUGCCGACCCCUACCACCACACACUUGCUCCAGCCCCCACCUACGGCGUUGGUGCCAUGAAUGCUUUUGCGCCCUUGACUGAUGCCAAGACUAGGAGCCAUGCUGAUGAUGUGGGUCUCGUUCUUUCUUCAUUGCAGGCUAGUAUAUACCGAGGGGGAUACAACCGUUUUGCUCCAUAUUAAAUGACAAAAUCAUUAACAAACAAAUAAAAAACAAACAAACAAACAAACAAAAUCAACCUUCCAAUGUGGGGAGAGAGAAAGCUUUCCGAGGCCUGAGUGUUGCAACACAUGCAGUAGGACAUCAUUUUAGCAACUCAAAGAAAACAACUAAAAAUAAAAAGAGGAAAAAAAUAACAUUUUUUAUCUUAUACCUCAGAUAUUUUGUUCUGUGUAUUUUAAUAUUGUGGGUCUUUGGUUUUGGAGGUUCUCGUAGUUCAGUUGCUGGCUGUAGGAGUAUUUGUGGUUGAUCUAGAGAGACGCUAGAUAUGAAUAAAAACCGAUUUAGGGCCAUAUCCAGAGUGCUAUAUUAUGUAAAUGAAUUAUAUGCUGAACAUGAAGCUACUGGGGUUAAGGUGUUUGGGAAGAGUCUAAGUGACAAGUCAUUCUUUCUGCAUCUAUAUUAUUUUAUUCUGUGAAAAGGGAGGCUGGGAGGGGCUUAGGGGUUUGGGACUGGGGUUUGGCUGAAAGAAAAAAAGAAUAUAUAAAUAUAUAUAUAUAUAGUAACUGAUGAAUCUAAAUGACCCACUGCACCACCAAUCCUAAAUCUAUGGUUCUAAGUUACUCCUGGCAAAGUCAAGCCAAAGGCUCUGUUAAGAAACCGCUUCUUGUGGCGCUGAGACUGGAGUUGAAGGAGGUUGUAGAAGUCCCCCUCUUAUCAUUCCAUCUGCAGUACUCAGCUUCCUACCUACCCACUAGUUAUUUAAGCAAAGACUACUAGUUAGGCCAUCAAUAAGCAUUCUUUUUAUAUUUCUUCCAGUAUGAGAAAUUAUUGAUAUCACUGCUGACUUUUAUAUUAUGGGAGGGAAAAAUUAACAUUAAUAAAAAGGUGAUAAAAAAGCACUGUUUCUAUUUUUUUCUUUUUUUCCAAAAAAAAGAAAGUACUAAAAACUUAACUUCUUUGUACCAGUUAAAAUCUGUAUAAAAUUUACAUCUGUGCAGUGGAGUUAUGUUCUAGAAACAGUCUCUGAGGCUUUAGUUUUAGCUUAGUAGAUUAACUGUUAGAGACAGACGUAUAAUUUUUAUGGAAUUACAUGAUAAUCAUAUCUGGAUUUAUAGUUGCAUUUUACAAGUAUCGCAAUCAUUGAAUAGAGAUAAUCACGGUAUUUUCAUCAGCUUGAUACUUUUUGAAAACAUGGCUGCGCUGUGAGCAACUUGCAAUUUUUCAGUCUGUGAGAGCCUGCCCUCCCUCUCCCCGGUGCCCCAGGGUUAUCUUAAACUGGUAUCUUUACUUCUGUCUCCGAGGCCCAAGAGGAUUGUCAGAAGGAAAGAAAAACAAGACAAAACAAAACUAUAAGCUCCCCCACCCCCAGAGAGUAGUGUGGGCCCCCGUUCUUUCUUGGAUGCCGGGCCAGCGCAACACAGCCGAAAAAUUGCAGCUUGUGAUUUUCUUCUGUUGGAAUCCCCCCAUGUUGUCCUGUUUACAAGUUAACCUAAGUUGGGGUAUCUGUCAUGGGUCUUCCUGUUUUUGUAUUUCAAUUAUAAAAUAUCAGCAAGCCGUCCCCCUGAGUAGUGUUUCUGCCUGUGUCGCAGUGCAGGCCCCGUGGCACGCACUUUAGUAAGUUAUCAAUUCACGCUGUGAACCUGCCAAUCCGCUGUAACAACUGCUUUAAGAUCAAAACCAAACAAAACUUUAAAAAGAAAAAAAAAAUGUGUUUGUGAUCCAGCUUUUCCUAGUCAUCCUACGUGCAUGCCCGUAAGAUCGGUUGGCUAUUAAACCAUCAAUAAAGUUUCAUGAGAUUUGAAAACAAAGUUUCUGUAGCUUCGAUAUCUAAGACAGAUGAUCACGGUUUGGGAGAGAAAGGAAAGGAAGGGGCGAGGAGGGGAAGGGAGAGAAACUGAAUGCUGAGAAGAGAAAAACCUAGAAACUAGUCUUUUUGUCCUCCCUUUUGAGUGGGGAGGCGGGGCCUGAGGGGAGACUGAUUGGCAGCAUCCCCGGAAAAUUCUCAUUCCCACACCUGCUACAGUGGGAUGACCAUGUGUGCACCUGGUUGAUGUUAUCCAGGCAACAACUGAUUGCGAUGCUGUAGCAUUCGACCCCAGAUGAGAUAAAGAGAGUGUCAGAGAAGGGUCGGCACAUAGCUCCCUCCCAGUAACCGCUUUCCAAGCCCAGAACCUGCAUUGUGUAUGAAAUCACAAACAUGGAAUUCUUACUGUGCUGACUAAAGUAAAACUCAUUUGCAGUUUUGAUUUUCAUCAAUGAAAUGUACUUUCCCCACGACUGUAUGUAGUUUUAAUAAAAUCAUUUAGAGCAAGUGGGUGCCAACCGAUGUCGCAGAACCUUUUGUCCAGGCACUCCACCGAGCUGCCGAUAAGUCGUUUUAAAAUGUCAUGUCAGAGGUGUAAACAAACAUUUUGGAUUUUUUAAAAAACAGUAUUUAUUUGGAAUGUUUUCAUUUAUCUAAAUAACUAUUGCUAUUAUGAAUUAUGGAAAAAAGAUUAAUGUGGCAUAUAGUGACUUCUUAACACACAUCACUCAAUCUGCAAACCCAGAAAUGUGUAUAUCUGUCUUUAGAAAUUAGUGUUUAUAUCACUUACAGUGGUUUGUGAAUAAAGAAAACUGGUUUGUAAUAUCAAAAAAUAAAAGCUUAGUCUGAAAAGGUA